CUCAACCACCUGGACUCCUACGGCGGCGCCAACAUCGGCAAGUAUCUGUCCAGGUGCGUGGUCGGGGCCUCGCUGGAGGAGGUGGCAGAGGAAGAGGAUGAGGACGAUGAGGCCAAGUCGGCUGGAGAAGCCAGCAGCAAGCCGAAGGCAGGCGUCUAUCAGAUCGUGGGGACCCUGUCUCAGGCCGGGAGCACGAAACCCGACUUUGCCGAGGAAACCUACGCUGUUUCUACACGAGAAGAACUCUUAGGUCACCUGCUUGAAUGUGAUGUCAUUAUAUAUAAUAUCACUGAAGAUGCAGAUCAAACUGAGGAAGCAGCUUGGGCAGCUUCUGCACUGUAUGCAGAAGUACAACAUUUUGAGAAACAAAAGAUAUUCAUCUUAGUUUCAACAGUAAUGACAUGGGCACGAAGCAAACCUCUAGACCCAGAUGAUCCAGAAAUUCCUUUUACUGAAGAAGAUUACCGCAGAAGAAAGACUCACCUGAACUUUAUGGAUCAUAUAAAUGCUGAAAAAAUGAUUCUUAAACUUGGAAAAACUCACAAACAAAAAUUUUCAACUUAUGUUGUUGCUUCAGGACUGCAGUAUGGAGCUGAAGAAGGAAUCUUGCAUUACUUUUUUAAGAUAGCUUGGCUUUGUGAGAGUCCUGCAGUACCAGUUUUUGGAGCUGGGACCAAUUUUCUUCCAUUGAUUCAUGUUGUUGAUUUAGCAGCGGUGAUACAAAAUGUAGCAGACCAUAGGCCAAGGACUCACUAUCUUGUUGCAGUGGAUGAAUCGAUACAUACUCUUCAAGAUGUAAUUAAGUGCAUCAGCAAAAAUGUUGGACCAGGAAAAAUCCAAAAGAUUCCAAAGGAAAAUGCUUUCUUAAGCAAGGAGUUAACACAAAUGCAGUUGGAUAUGUUGCUUGUGAACCUGCGAAUGGAAGCGAUAGUCUUGAAAGAGAACUUCAACAUUAAGUGGGUUGCUCAGAUGGGACUUGUGGAGAAUAUUGAGACUGUCCUCAAAGAAUACAAGCAACAUCGAGGAUUACUGCCAGUCAAAAUUUGUAUCCUUGGUCCUCCUGCAGUUGGAAAAUCUACUAUUGCAGAAGAACUCUGCAAGCAUUAUAAGUUACAUCAUGUUAAAAUAAAGGAUGUCAUUUCUGAAGCAAUAGGAAAACUGGAAAAAAUUACUGCUUCUAAGGAAGUAACAGAAGCUGAAGAGAUGGGAGAGGAAGGAGAAGAAGAAGAAGAUGAUGAUGAUGGUGAAGAAGGAGAGAAUGUAGAAGAAGCUCAAGAACUUCUAGAUGCAAUCAAAGAAAACAUGGAGCAGAAUGGAGGUCGUUUAGAUGAUCAUCAUGUGAUUAAAUUCAUGAAAGAAAAGCUAAAGUCUAUGCCUUGUAAGAAUCAGGGAUAUGUUUUGGAUGGCUUCCCAAAGACCUAUGACCAGGCAAAAGAUCUCUUUAAUCUUGAAGAUGAGGAUGAAGAGGAAGAGACCAAAGGCAAAAUGCCUCACUAUGAUAAAAUAAUUAUUCCUGAAUUUGUUAUUUCUUUGAAUGCUUCUGAUGAAUUCCUAAAAAACCGAGUAAUGAAUCUUCCAGAAACUGUUGUUGCUGGAACUCAUUAUACACAGGACCGAUUCUUGAGAUCUCUGAGUCUCUUCAGGGAAUUAAACACUGAAGAUGAAACUGUUCUUAACUAUUUUGAUGAGCUUGAAAUACAUCCACAGUUUAUAGAUGUAGCAAAGUUGGAGGAUCCAGAGAACAGAGUUCUUGUAAAAGAGAUCAUCAAAGAAAUUGGGGAGCCUCGAAAUUAUGGUUUGACAAAGGAAGAAAAGGCAGAACUAGAACAUAAAAAGGCAGAAGAACGCCUUGCCAAAGAAGCUGAAGAGCAAGCAGAACGGGAUCGUAAAGAGGCUGAUGAAAGGGCUGAAAAGAUGGCAAAGUGGGAAGAAUGGAACAAACAUUUAGAGGAAGUGAAGAGGCAAGAGAGAGAAUUACUUGAAGCCCAGUCCAUUCCACUAAGAAACUAUUUAAUGAAGCAUGUCAUGCCAACACUUAUGCAGGGGCUAAAUGAAUGCUGCAAGAUCAGGCCUGAUGAUCCUGUUGAUUUUCUGGCAGAAUAUCUCUUCAAGAAUAAUCCUGAAAUAGAAUGAAAGAGUAAAAGAGUACUGAUACAUACAACAUCCUAACUUCUAGCACUAUUAAAUACAAAGGUAGAAC